AUGAGCACUUCACUUUGCACCAGAACCACCGCCGAAACUGACCCAUAUUACAUUGAGGAGUCAUCGACAAAAAUUUAUCAAAAUCUUUACAAUGACGAAAAUCAUUCAAAUGCAAGACCACAGGAUUAUAUAACGGGUCCUUUGGAAAUUAAAGGUGUUAACUAUGCUGUUGAAAAAGCCCUUAGAGAUUUUGAGAGGGAAGGGAGAAAAGACAGAAAGGCAUUAAGAUAUAUAACUAAUAAGAAGAUUGUUGGUAUAUCUUCACAGACUGGUUCUUUGCCCUUAACAAGACCAGCAACCAAGUAUGUCGUCAAAAAGGUAACUUUUGGCCUAUCGAGUGUAGUUCAUUUUGAAGAAUCCGAUAUUGUACCUAAAAAAAGUGUGGGGGGACCUAUACGAGGUAAAUCAAUUCUUAAGAGAAGUAGUUUCAACUCUCCCAGCACCGAUUAUGAAAAGAUUGGCAGAAGAGAACUACAAAAUGCUAUUGCAAGGAUUUACAACCUCUGUGAUCUACCAUUCACGUUGUUUAGAAAAGAUGAUCCCCUGCUUUCUUUAGAGUUACUUGCUCGUGGUGUAUGUAAUGCCUUUAAGUCACACGAAAUAUGUUGGAAAAAGGUGGGAGAAGAAGAGUUACUGGAGCUUAAAGAGAAGAUAAACAACUUGGAGACCGAGAAUGAAACGAAGGAAAGGGAAUUAAAUCAUUUUAAGCAGGAAUUAUACAAUGAUUUAAAUAGGUUGAUACCUGAGGAACAAGUGCUAAAAAUCCCAGAUAUAAGUUACGGUAUAGUGAAGACAGGAAUAGCCAAAAUUGAACACAUUAGUACGAAAUGGAAAUUGAGAGCCGCCAGCUGUGAAAAUAACGAUCUGAGAGAAGAGAAUGAAGCGUUAAGAGAGGAAAACGCAGAGUUAAGAAAAGGUUUACUGGGGCAGAGAGACAUAAGUGAACUAUUAGUUGAAACUAAAAUAUCAGAGAAAAAAACCAUCAUACGAACAAGGCCAAUCAACAGUCGAAUUAAGGGAGUUAAUGAUGAGAGAUCUACCGUGAACGAAUUAAUACUUAAACGUUUGCUAAAGGCCAGUCAAAAAUCCAACGAAACGUUGGCUGGAGAGUAUAAGGAGCUGAAAGAUUUGCAAGACUCUUUGUAUGAAAAGGUACAUAGUUUGAAAGUGUUCCUAGGAGCUAUGAAACAGGCAUUUUGUAAUUCAAUAUCGAGAGAGAAGGCACUUGAGAGAGUCAACUUAAAACUAAUAUCAGAGUUGGAAGGUUAUCGUUUUCAGAAUGAUCAAUUGAAGGAGAACAGUGUUGCAUCUGAGCUAGAGCUUAACAUAAGAAUUGAGCAGAGGAAGAACGAGACGCACGGAAAUUCGACCAGAAUCAGUGUGUUAAUUCGAGUACUCGAAGGCGUAAUUGGGGAGCUGCAAACACCAUCAGAUCCAGAGGAGAUAUGA